GGAGGAGUAGCCUGACUUGUUAGUCCUGUCUGCUCGCUCAACAGCAGAGACUUCAUCUCAGCGCAUUUCAUCCAUCACAUCGAGCGUGGAGUCAUCAGAGGAUGGACAGACUAAACAGACAGGACAUACCUCUGAGUAAAGUGGACGACGUAGAGGCAUUGACAGGGCGCUCUGGAAAAGUGUAUCGAUCCAUCAACCUUAACCACUAUGCCACGAAGAAGACUGCCGCUCAGAGCAUGCUGGACGUCGCUCUGCUGAUGGCCAACUCAUCCCAGCUGAAGACUGUUCUCUAUGUUGGGGCUCAGUACCGCUUCUACCUCCCUCUCAUUGUCCUGCUGUCUAUAUCUAUCACGCUACAAGUCGCAGUGGGGCUGCUGCUCGUCUUUAUUGUAAAGUAUGAUCUGAACGACGUGAGGAAACAUGCCAAGUUGGACCGGAUGAACAACGCAGCAACAGUCUUUGUCUUCUUCACGGUCCUCAUCAACAUCUUCAUCACAGCCCUCGGCUUUGAGGGACAGAUCAUCAGGUCAGCAGAAUCACAUUUGAUUGCUAUAACAGAGCCUCAGCUCGCCCCUCUGCCCAUUGAUGUUAACGUGACUGGUGUCAUUUAGACCAGUCUCUGGACCAUAAUAACACAUCCCCUUGUUCUUGUUCUCAAAGCUUUGAAUUCUUGUGGGCUUUGGCAGGACACUGUAAAGACAUAUAUGGCCAUACAUUCCUCAGCUGGAACAAACCACUGAUUCCUGAAUGGAUUUCAUGGAUUCAAAUGAUUAGGACAGAAAGGCAUUUCUGGAUCCAUUCUGAGACCAACAUCAAACACAUCCUCAACUCAGGAUCAAGGCCAUAUAAUACGAUUUGGCACUUAAUAUUGAAUUGAAUACCUUUUAUUGUAGUUCAUUUUGCCAUGGAUUUUGUGAAGCACUUUGUAACCUUGUUUAGAUAAGUGCUAUACAAAUAAAGUUAUUAUAAUGAAUUCCACUCAGCCAAAAACCUCAGCCUGAAUACAUUACCACUGGCUCAUCAGGCUCCUAGGACAGAUGCCAACACUAAUGCACAGUGAUGACCCCUUGCUGGACUAAUAUGUCUCAGAAUGCAAAAAUAAAUCUGCACAUUUAUGCCAAACUAUUUAAAGCUUCUAUCUUGUAAAUAUAACUGCAUUGUAUUGUUUUGUACAAAUGUUAGUGUGGUGCAUUUAAGCCGAUCUAUAGUAUUGAACCAAAUAAAUGUAUUACAUACACCAGUAAAA